CUUGGUUAUAUGUUCCCGUGUUUUAGCAUAUCUAUCUAGGGCUGCUUUUUAAAUCUCUUUAAAUAUGGCGACAGUUGGUCUUGACGUUGGUGGAUUUACCACCAAGGUUUGUGUAUCUUAUUCUGGCAGUGAUUCCAUAGAGUUGCAUGUUAAUCGUUUAUCGAAUCGCGAGACUCCUACUAUAGUUGCGUUUGACAAGCGUAUGCGGUUGUAUGGUGAAGAGGCUGAACUUCGCAGCAGCAGUCUCCAUUCUACCUCUAUAUACAUUCUACCAUACAUUGUUGGUAUGACGAAAUGUGAAUUUGGCAAAUUCUUCAAGCACCGUAGAUAUUUAUUUCCCAUUAGUUUAGACGGUGAUUGUGACGAGCCAUCUUUUGAUUUGAAGUUUGACGACAAGGAUGCUCACGUUGAACCUCGUGACGUGUUUUCAUUUUUUGUGAAUUCAGUUAUUGACACUGUUCGUCAGCACAUGGGAUUGAACCAUCCUCGUGCGAAUAGUGAAAUAACGUUAUGUGUAUCAUUUCCUGUAUACUUCCGUGAGAAUCAAGUUCGUGCUAUGUAUCGUUCAUUAGUAUGUUGGGGUUACUCUGAGGUGCGAUUGUACAAGCAGACUGACUGUAUAUUUAACAAAUGGAUUGCAUCUCACCUUCCUGCUGUUUUUGAUGACUUCGAGCAGAGCACUGGUCAAUCUACUAUGCAUGUUGCAUUCUUAGAUGUUGGAUUCUGCCACUUUGCAUUUUGUGUUGCCGAAUUAACGCGUGGCGAAACAUUGGAGAAACGUGUUUUAUCAGAGAUUUCUAAUGAUGAAGUGGGUACCUACCACAUGAUUGAGUUGUUAGCUGACUACGUUUGCGAAACUAUCAAGGAAACAAAGGAAGAGACUAUUGAGGUCCCAUCUCGCCAAUCAUUCAACAUAUACAAAGCAUGUGCCAAGGCCCUGAAGGAGUUGAGUGUGGUUACUGAGGUAAAGAUUGACUGUGAGAGUGUAUUGGAAUCUGGUGAUGACUUCUCUCUUACAAUUACCCGUGAGAAAUUUGAAGAGAUGGCUACUCCUUUGAAGGAAAAUCUGGAGGGUGUAAUGCGUGCCUUGGUUAGGAAUCUUCCCACGGGUACUUUAUUGGGUAUAGAGGUUUUGGGUGGUGGUUCCCGUGUACCAUUUGUUAAGAAGUUAGCAACUGAUAUAGCUACUGAAUAUGGUGCCACCCAGGGCAUUCGCGUGUCGUUGGACUCCACUUCUGCUGUUGCUGCUGGUGCACUUGGUUUGUUCAAGGAAGGUCUAAUUCCUAUAUUUGACCCUGAGAUGGAGUUCCUCGCUAUAGAGGAUACUGACAUAUCAAAGGCCAUGGAGCGUGAGGACUUUUACGCCAAGGUGGAGAAAGAGCAGCGAGAGAAGAUGUCAAGGAUCAAUGAGAUUGAGCAGUACAUCAUCCAGACUAAGAAUGAUGCUGAAGGCAAGUACAGCAGUAGUUUGAACCUCAGUGACAUUGAACCGUUCCUUCGUGAUUUGGAGCUAUUCAGCUCUAAAGCUGCUGGUAACAGGGAUAUCAAUUCGGAUGAUUGUGAGCACAUGCUAAAGGACUGUCGCCAGAAGGUGGGUGAGGCAUGCCCUGAGUACGUUGCUGCUCUGGAGGCUGCUGAGAAGGCUCGGCAGGAGGAGAUUGCCAAGGCUAAGCGCGAUGCCGAGGAGUACACAUUAUCCAAGGUUAAUAUGGAUGUAACUCUUCCAAGAGCCACUUGUCUAAAGCGUGCUUCUGCUAACAAGGAUGAGGGUAACUCCUUCGUUGCUGAUGGCAAUGUUGAAUUUGCCCUUCAGCACUACAUUAAAGCGUUGCAGUACUGUUCCAAGAUAAGAGACGCCACUGAAGAGGAACGUGCUAUUUUGGAGCCAUUACAGCUUGCUUGUCACUUAAACAUGGCCAUGUGUUACAUCAAGAUAGCCAACCCUCAGUACUACGGCAACGCUAUUGAUUCAUGCUCGAAGGCAUUGGAACUCAGUCCACACAACCCCAAGGCGCUUUACCGUCGUGCCUUUUGUUACGACAAGAUUAACUGCCUUGACGAGGCUGUUGCAGACGCUCGCUUGGGUUUAACCAAGCACCCUGACAACGCUGAACUUAGACAGUUACUGGUCUCAUUGCUGAACAAGGUAAAGCAACACCAAGCGCGUAUGAAGAAGGUGUACGCUCGUAUGUUCUGAGCUAUGGAUGGCGGGAAAUAUUAUCCGUGGCAUUUGUUAGGGCGUGACGCCGAGUACAUGUGUAAGGUAGAGCGUUUGACUCGUAAGUUGAAGCGAGCUUUAUUUUUUGCCCACACGGCAUCUCGUUCACGUUUAGCUCGUGAAUCUGAAGAUUUCGAGGACGUCUGGUUGCCGGAUUCUCCUUCUGAGGUUGAGGGUGUGGUCCGCACUGCUCACUACUGCCAGAAGCAGUUGCAGCAGUUACGCGAGGAGAAGGACCUUCGUGUGAAGGUUGCUGGCCUUCGCGAUGCUUUGGCUAUGUUAGACGAG